AUUUUGGGGGUGGGAAAUGGUUAGUCAUAAGGGUAAAGAAAUCAUUGUUUUUGAAGAUCAGAAUGAAGAAACCAACAUAAGAGUAGAUAAGAAUUUUCUUCAGUUAUAUGAGUAUAAAGAGAGUUCCUCUAAAAGGGUAGCUGAGAAUGAGGAAAUUCAGGAAGAAAUUACAGAAAAUAAAUCAAAAGAUGGAAUCUUUGAUCUUUCCUCUAAAAGGGUAGCUGAGGAUGAGGAAAUCCAAGCAGAAAUUAGUGCAAAGAAGCCAAAAUAUGGAAUCUUUGAUCUUUCUUUGGCUUGCCCUAGCAGUAGUAGGAGUUUACAAUCAUCAGAACCAUCAAAUAACAACACGAGGAUUGGGUAUUUCAGGAAUGGCUCCUUGUCAUCGUGUUAUUCCCAUCCCUUUUCUCACAACCUUAGCUACUCACUUAGCCUGAGUUCAAAAGAGGAUAGUGAGAAUUCCAGGGAGGGAAUUAAUUGGUCAGUUUUUAGCAGGUUUAGGCCAGUUGAAACAGGAGAUUGUACAUUGACGGGUAAUCCUGGUGAAAGUAGUUUAGCUCUUAGUUGUCGACUACAAGUCAAUAAGGAUAAUGAUAUUGAUAGGAUCAGUAGCUCGGAUAGUAAUUCGUUUUUCCUAUUCAAGUUGCCUGCAAGACCAACAGGUGAUUCGAGUGUUAGAGGAAGUAUGGAUGUAGGAAGAGCACUUCAACUUUCUCAGCCUGAGAGAAUCCUUGGGGAGAUAGUUGCAGAGCCUGUUCCUCUUAUGGCUCAGAUUGUGCAAGAGCUUCCUGAAGAAACGAUUGAAUCAACAAAGGAAUACUUGAGGAGCCUAAUUGCAAUUCCUGAGAAAAAAGACUUUUUGAUCAGCCUUCAGAAUAGGCUUAAUGGGAGAUCUGAUCUUACCGUUGAGACUCUCUCAAAGAGUAAUAAGACUCAACUGGAAAUUUUUAUUGCCAUAAAAAUGGGUCAUAUAAGUUUCUUAUCUUUGGAAAUUAACCACCUUCAAGCCACUGAAUUGAUUGAGAUUUUUUCGUUUGAAAGGUGUCGGAACAUAUGCUGCAAAAGUGUGUUACCUCGUGAUGAUUGUAAAUGCAAAAUUUGUUUGAAAAACAAGGGAUUCUGCUCUGAAUGCAUGUGUCUAGUAUGUUUUAACUUUGAUAAUGCGUAUAAUACUUGUCGUUGGGUAGGCUGCGACCGAUGCUCACACUGGUGUCAUGUUGUUUGUGCUGUUCAGAGAAAUCUUAUAAAGCCAGGUCCAAGUAUCAAUGGGCCAUCUGGAACAACUGAGAUGCAAUUUCACUGUCUUGGUUGCGGUCAUUCUAGUGAAAUGUUUGGAUUUGUUAGAGACGCGUACACGCAUUGUGCAAAGGACUGGGGUGAGGAAACUCUAAUAGAAGAGCUUGAUUAUGUUCGAAAAAUUUUCAAUGGGAGUGAAGAUUUUAAAGACAAGGAGUUGCAUGCUAUAACUUAUGGGUUGCGUAACAAGCUCGAGAAAAAGAUGAUCUCUCCUACAGACGCUUGUGAUUUCAUUUUACAAUUUUUUAAAUACACGGAUGGUUUGUGGCAGUUUCUUUCAUGCAGUUUUCCUGCAUGUAUCCCUAUUGCUGAUAAACCUUCCUUCAACAUAGUGAGCUCUUCAAAUGGAAGAAAAGGUAUGAUUACUACUGAUCAUCAUCAAAACGAUGCCACGGAUCCCUCUGAGUCUGAUAAAAUCAAGGAUGAAUGUUCAGCCAUAAAAGAAAGAUGAGCUCUUCAAGGGAAAGAAAACAUAUGAUAGUUUGUAAAGCAUUGUGAGGAUCAAAGAAGCCGAAACACAGAUUUUCUAAUUAUUUUUAUUUUAUUUUUGUGAGCCCCAAUUUUAGCUCUAUUGAGGAUUUUUUUGGUCAAAUGCUAGCAUUAUUGUUGUCGUAGUAUUUCUCCUGUAGUUAUUUCUGUUACUCUAUACUAUCUCUUGUACUUCGACUAUUGCACUAUUUUGUGGUAGUUAUUUCUUUUUUUUUAGAAUGCUUUGUCAUGUUUUUUUAGUAUCUGCUUUGAUAUGCUUUUACUUGAGCUGAGGGUCUAUCGGAAACAACCUCUACCUCGCAAGGUAGGGGUAAGAUUUGCGUAUACUCUACCCUCCCUAGACCUCACUUGUGGGAUUACACUGGGUAUUUUGUUGUUGUUGCUAGCAUUGUGGUUGUGACAAAUUC